UUCCAAAAGGUGGAGCAUCGGAAGAAAUACUACUAGCCGCGUGGCACCUUUUUUACCGCCCCGCGACCUCGCGCAGUGGUCAGUGGUUGCACAGGAUAUCCACCAAGUCGCGAAGCCGAGGCUUGCAUGGCUGCAGAAAAUUCAGCAAAACGCGGACCCAGAAUGGAC